AUGUCUACCCAAGCUGCACCCAGUAUCCUGUUCACACACACCAAUCCCCAGGAUGGAUUCCGACUACUGGAACUAUCCCCCGAACUAGAAGAACUACUAACCUCAAAAGAUGCACCAGUCCUCGAACUCAAAUCCCCCUCCACAGCCCUCGCACAAGCAGUCCUCGACCCAGCCGCACAAGACUACGUAAACCUCUGCACCCCAACCCAAACCUACCGCAUCCGCCAAGUCCAAUCCUCAAACUCCCUCCACAUCCUCCGCCCCAGCCAUGCCGAAAUCUCCCAAGCAGACAUAAAAGUCGUAACCGAAGACGAAGACCCCCUCUCCCUCCCCUCCGAAGCCGUCACCGCCAUCGCAAAGUGCUCUUCAACACUAGAGCUGCAUAUCCCUCCAGGCGGCUUCUCCGCCGUCCCGUUCUUGGAAAAGAGUCUAAGGCUGUAUGACCCGCGCGCUGACGACGGGGACGUAGCCAUGGAAGCUGAGUCUGCGCCGUUGGAUGCGAAGCGGGUGAGGGAGAUGAGGGAAAGGUUGUGGAGGGAUAUUCCGGUUUCGGAGAAGCAGUGUGCAAGCGGGUGGAUGGAGGUUUGUGGGUUUGUGGAUUCGGGCGAGGAGAUUGCGUGUUGGAGGCCUUCGGCGAGGGCGAGAUUGCGGGUUUGGAAGAGGGUUGUUGAGGGGAGUGUUUUGCAGGGGAUUGAUCUUGAGAAGCAGUUUCUGGUUCGGGAUUUGUGGAGGGCCGUUCUUGAUGAGGAUGAUGAGGUCGAGGUGCCGUUUCCGAGGGCUUUGUUGGAGGCUGUUGUGAGGAGGAUUUGUGUGGAGGAGGAGAGGGUGGAUUUGAGGGAUGAGAUUAAAUGGGCGAGCUUUGAUAGAGUGGAAUGUACGCAAUGGGUUGGCGAGACUUACUUGGCUGCUACUGCUCCCAUCAGCUCGUCUGCUAUCGGGAGAAGUGAAUUCCUUCGGGGGUGGAAGGAUUGUCUGCCUGAGUCUUGGAGGGCAGAGGCAGCGCUCUCGAAGUUGAAGAAUGGCUGCUACAGCAGUCCUGACCCUACGACUAUAUUCUUUGUUGAGCCGUCUCAGCGGCAACAAGCCAGCAAAACUUCUAGUGCUCCAGCCACAGCUGCAAAGGCUAAAAACACGAGAAAUUGGCACGAAUUGCUCAAAGGCAGCCGUUGA